AUGGGAAUACCUGGCUUACUGCCUCAAUUGAAGGGGAUUCAAAAGCAGGUAACCCUAAAAAAAUAUAUGUAUCAAACGCUAGCUAUUGAUGGUUAUGCGUGGCUACAUAGAGCUUCUUGUGCGUGUGCUUUAGAACUUGUAAUGAACAAGCCAACAAACAAAUAUUUGCAAUUUUUCAUUAAAAGGCUACAACUACUAAGACGACUUAAUAUCAAGCCAUAUAUAGUUUUUGAUGGUGAUUCCCUUUCUGUGAAAAAUCGUACAGAAACUAGAAGAAAGAAGAAAAGGUUGGAAAGCAAAAUGGUUGCAAAGAAAUUAUGGUCAGUCGGCGACAGGGAUAAUGCAAUGGAAUAUUUUCAAAAAAGUGUUGACGUCACACCAGAAAUGGCCAAAUGUAUUAUUGACUAUUGCAAACGAAAUUCAAUUCCCUACAUUGUGGCACCAUUUGAAGCAGAUCCGCAAAUGGUUUACUUGGAAAAAAUGGGCCUUAUACAGGGUAUCAUAUCAGAAGAUUCAGAUUUGUUAGUUUUUGGUUGUAAAACACUCAUAACAAAGUUAAAUGAUCGAGGAGAAGCUUUAGAAAUCUCAAAAGACGAUUUUUCGGCUUUACCUGAGAACUUCCCCCUAGGAGAACUAACUGAGCAACAAUUUCGUAAUCUAGUUUGUUUAGCAGGCUGUGAUUACACCAGCGGACUUUGGAAGGUAGGUGUAGUCACUGCUAUGAAGAUAGUGAAACGGUACUCUGAAAUGAAAGAUAUACUCACACAAAUGGAACGGGCUGAAAAUUUUUGUUUCAGUGAGGCGUUCAAGCAAGAAGUAGAAUUCGCUAAUUAUGCGUUCCAAUACCAAAGAGUAUUUUGUCCUGUAUCAAACCAAAUAACAACGCUGAAUAAUAUUCCUAAACCAAUCAUAAAUUCCCAUGCUGAGAUAGUCAAAAUCAUGAGAUGCAUUGGUUCCGUUGUCGAAAAGGGAUCAAGAAUACGAAAAGGUGUCAUUAAUACAAAAAAUAUUGAUCACAAAGUUCAUGAAAUGAUAGCAAAAGGAGAAUUGCACCCAGUGGAUAUGGCUUCUGAACUUAUUAAUAGAGAAAAAAAUUUAAGAGCAAGAAAGCUAUUCAAAGUGGAUUUAUUAGUUGGUGAAUCUAACUCACUCAAUAAGAAAGCGAAGCAACUACCAGUAGAUACGCAGCACACUAUGUUAAAGAGAGAGAAUUCAGUUGAUAAUAAAAGCACAUCCCCUGUUUAUAUGGGCUCGCCAGCGACAAUCUCAAGCACCGUGCAAUCAGUUGUGUAA